AGCUGGGGCGACUUCAUCCCUCCAAGGUUGUUUUGUUACACCAAGAAUCUCCAACUCACAAUGACCAAGCUCGUCCAACCAGUCCCCCUCUACCGCGCGCUCCUCCGUGCUGCCUCCUCCUUAUCCGCCUACAACUUCCGCUCCUAUGCCCUCCGCCGCACAAAGGAUGCCUUCCGUGCAAAUCGUGAACUCUUUGGUGAGGCAAGAGAUAAGGCGCUGCAGCAGGGGGAAAAUGACUUGAAGAUGAUGAAGAGGCAGGCUGCAAUCAGUCAGAUGUUCCAGACCGACCGGUUGGUUGUUGAGGGUGGUUUGGAAGGAAAGGACAAGGGUGUCAGGGCACGAGUUAAGGAUCAGGGAUGGGAUUAAGCUGCUGAUUUGGAGGUGAAGAGUGUGGUCGUGAACGACGAGACAAAGAGACCGGACACUGCGUCGGCACUUAUACAAACAGAGGCUCACCAAAAGAGUCCUCAUAUUUAUGUACGAUUUGGAGGUCUACAAAAAGAGUGCGCAAAUGGAGUUUUUUGGGGUUUUGGUCAUCAUUAUCAAUUUUGUCAGUAUUUUUAUCCUUUAUGUCUGUAUAUGACACGCAUGUCCCCAAGAGUGGAGUGCGUCAGAAUCGGAUAUGGAUCGAAAUCAGG